GCAGGUUUCUCUUUUCUUUCCCUCGCUCCUCUGCACCUGGGCGGCUGGCGGGGUUCGGCACUUUGGGGGAACAUGGCCUGGUCCCUAGGAAGGCUGGGCGGGAGCCGCUUCUGGAGCAUGGCGCUGGGGUGCGGCAGCCCGCGGCCGCGCGCCUGGCCCCCAGGCCCCAUGGCUGGACGCUUCUGCCUGACUCCCCUCGGAGGGGCUGGCUCCGGCCGCACUCGGGGGCUGGGCUACGGCCCCGGCACUGCAGGAGCCGGGGUCGGCGGCGGGGGCGGAGCGAGGAGAGCCCCUUGGCUGGUGGCAGGGCUGGCGGCGGGGCUGGCGGGGGUGGCCGCAGCCUCUCUCCAGCACCUGGCGCGGGCCGAGAUGGUGCCCAGAACGGAGGGCGCCUCCGGCGUUCUGGGCAGAGCGGACGAGCUGGCCCUGCGCUGCAGCUCCUUCAUGGCCCAGCCCGUGACUGCCCUGUCCGAGCUGCGGGCCCGGACGGGGGACAUGAAGACCCAGAUGGAGCUGCUGAUCAUGGAGACCCAGGCGCAGGUGUGCCGAGCGCUGGCGCAGCUGGACGGGGGCGCCAGCUUCUCCGUGGAUCGCUGGGAGAGGAAGGAAGGAGGAGGUGGUAUCAGCUGUGUGCUACAAGAUGGUCAUGUCUUUGAAAAAGCUGGAGUCAGUGUUUCUGUAGUUCAUGGGACUCUUUCUGAGGAAGCAACAAAACAAAUGAGAAGCAGAGGAAAGGUCCUCAAGACCAAAAAUGGUCAGUUGGCCUUUUCUGCUAUGGGAGUGAGCUCUGUCAUCCACCCCAAGAAUCCUCAUGCGCCCACCUUUCAUUUCAACUAUAGAUAUUUUGAAAUAGAAGACGCCGAUGGUAACAAGCAAUGGUGGUUUGGUGGUGGAUGUGAUCUUACUCCAACUUAUUUAAACCAAGAGGAUGCUGUACACUUCCAUAAAACCUUAAAGGAUGCUUGUGACCAGCAUGAUCCAAGCCUCUACCCUAAGUUUAAAAAAUGGUGUGAUGACUACUUUGUUAUAAAGCAUCGAGGAGAGAGAAGGGGAAUUGGGGGUAUAUUCUUUGACGAUCUUGACUCCCCAUCCAAGGAAGAUGUAUUUCAUUUUGUCCAAAGCUGUGCCCGUGCUGUUGUACCUUCUUACAUUCCCUUGGUGAAAAAACACUGUAAUGAUCCAUUCACACCUCAGGAGAAACAGUGGCAGCAGCUUCGGAGAGGGAGGUAUGUGGAAUUUAACCUGCUGUAUGAUAGAGGCACAAAAUUUGGACUCUUCACUCCAGGAUCUAGGAUUGAAAGCAUUCUUAUGUCUUUGCCCCUGACUGCCAGAUGGGAAUACAUGCAUGCACCUUCAAAGAAUUCCAAAGAAGCUGAGAUCCUAGAAGUCCUACACCAUCCCAAAGACUGGGUGCACUGAUGCGCAAAGAGCAGACUUCCUGUGGUCAAAGGAAAAUUGGCGUGUAUGAACUAUGUCCUCUAGGCUCCCUGCAGCUACCAUCAUGUGGCAGUUUAAUGGACUGAGUGCCUUAAAUCAGUCAGGAGCUAAUAAUCUGUAAAUUCUUUAACCUGCAACUGAAGAGUUGGGGGUGUCUGCCCCCCUGUUUAUCAUCACUUACUCAAUGGUGUUUUUUGCCAAUUGUGCAAUGUCCAGGUGAUGGUUUGGUUUUGUUUUUAAAAAGCUAAAGAACUGCUAAAAACUGAUGAUUUUAGUGAUAUUUUCCUGUGGUUUUUCUAUUGUAAAAUAUAAAACUGGUUUCAGAAUGGUAUGUGAUUUUCACAAGUGGCAAAUUGAACAACUCUCAGGACUGGAAUAAAUUGUGUCAGGAAGUUUUUUGUUGGAGAAAAUUCUUGGCAAAUUAUUUUGAUGUAUUUUUUUUAAAGUUCUGUAUUUUAUCUGAAAACAGGUCUUUAUUAUUCUUGAAGUUUCCCAGAUCAUAUCCCUUUCUUAUAUUAAAUGUAAAUAAGGACUUAGAGAUGAAAACAUGAUAUUUUGUUUGGGUAGAAAAUGUUCUCAUGCGUAUUUGUUUUUGAUUGCAUAACUAUAGAUAUGUGAUUUUAAUAGUAAUUUUUACAAUCUCCCAUAAAGUAUCUGACUGGACUUGAAAACAGAAUAGCUGAACUCUGAUAAUACAAAAAAUAAAAGCUCUGCAAUUCUUUUCCUUU